AUGGUUGUCCACAACGUCCGCACCGCCGAGGAAUGGAAGCAGACCCUCGAAGAGAAGACUGUUGUCCUCCUUGAUUGCUUUGCUACCUGGUGCGGUCCUUGCAAGGCCAUCGCCCCCCACCUGGUCAGGCACUCCCAGAAUGUGGAGUACAAGGGCAUUCACUUUGUCAAGAUUGAUGUUGACGAGGUCCCCGACGUGAGCCAAGAGCUCGGCAUUCGAGCCAUGCCUACCUUCAUGAUUUUCAAGAACAAGGAGAAGAGUCAGGAAAUCGUAGGCGCCAACCCCGUUGCCCUCGAGAAGGCCAUCAAAGAGCUUGCCGAAACUCCUGAGGCUGAGGCGGCGAAGGCGGAACUGGAGGCGCAGGAGGCGAAGAUGGCGAAGGAGAAGGAGGCCGCCCCAUCAGCUGAGGAGCCGAAGCAGGAGUAG